GUGGGCGUGUUUGGGUUGUGACGGAAGGCCGCUGAAUGGUGACAGAAACAAACAUCACGCAGUUUGCAAGUGAAAGCAGGGGACUGCCAUUUCGCGGAGGGAAAAGGCGACCACGGUGUGGAGAGACCAAUAACCUGAUGCAAUGGCCUCUGCAAUCAGUAAAUACAGAACAAGAAAAAGCACACGUCAAUGUUUGCCUGAAUCACGUAUUGAUCGAAGGCGCACAAGGAUGGCUUCACUUUCUCAAAUGUGUGACACAGAUGAGGAAAGCGAGUCUUCCUAUGAAGAGAGUGAGGAUGAAGAAUCAUGGACUAGUGCCUCAGAAGAUGAGCAGAACCCAGCAAACAAUACAAUAGAUAGUUCAGAUGAAGAAAAGGAGUCUUCAUGUGAAAAAAGUAAAGAUAAAGAAUUAAAGAAUGGCACCACAGAAGAUUAUAAUGAUCAAAACCCAGCCAAUAAAACAACAGAAAGCUCAGAUGACGAAUGUGUUAUUCGGAAGAAGCGUUUAUGUUUAAGUAAUCCAUUAAUGGAGAGUGAGAGCAGUUCAGAUAGUGAGAUUUAUAGCAAGCCAGUGAGGAAGGUAAAAGCCAAGUCACGCUGUAUUUUUGUACAAGAUGAAGAAAGCAAUAGUGAGGAACAGCCAUUGGAUGCUAGUUUCAGUGUAAAGAUUGAUGAAGAUACUCAGUUAGAGAAAGAACUUGCAAUUUCUCGAAAAAGGAAACGGCAGUUGGAGCUGACACGUUUAUCACAGAAGAAAAGGUCUCAAAGCACAACUAGUAGUACGUUAGAGUUAACUGAGAUAUCAGAUGAAGAGUCUGACACAUCAUCUCUCUCCCAAGUGGAAAAUAGCUCAGAAACAGAGUGGGAAAAUGACAGUUUAAAAGACUUCAUUGUAUCUGAUGAAAAAGAUCUGCAAACGACAACAUCAAACCAUAAUGAAUUUGUCCUGGAAAAAUAUCUGCCCAACUUCCGCAUCCGUGAUCUCUACUCACACUUCCAAAGAGUUGUUAAAGCUUUGUUGAUCAAUGCAUUUGAUACCAAUUUCCUUAAAUCUUUGUAUGAAGGAAGAAGGACGAAGAAAUAUGCAAAGGAAAUCCUGAAAUCACUGAAUUAUUUGGAUGAGCGCUGUGUUGAUAUGCGUCUUACAAAUUUAAAGUCAACAAGCCGGUGGAAAGAUCGCUAUAAGGAGCGUGUGGAUUGUUAUCCUAAUCUUCAUGUGAAAGAGCAUCCAGGACUCAAGACAUCGUGUCAGGCCUGUGAACUGAAACGUACUUGUAGGUUCACAGUUACCCUGUCAGGAAAGCUAUACGACUCCAAAAAUUUGGAACAAGACAGCUUCAUGUCAAAUGACAAGCAGGUGUUGUUAGUUGGCCGAGUGUGUUCGGAGAGGACCAAAGUUUACCAUGCUUUAAAGCACUUCAAGUAUAAGUUGUAUGAGGAGUGUUGCUCCAUAGUGCAGAGUGAAGCUACUCAAGAUGAAAAUGUGAAAGAUGCUGUCAAUCGGAUUCACAAGCGCUUGAAGGAACAAAGCUGGAUCGAAGAGCGAUAUAGGCAUUUUGAAACAGUUCUCAACGAUGCCGACUGUUUCCGUGAAGAAACUCUGGAAUAAGGCAGAAGGAAGAAAACAGAAAGGAUAUUAUUUGUAUUUUCUAGCACUCACCUUCUCUCUCUGUUACGGAUUUUGGAACAAUCUGUGCCACAUGCUGCUUCAUCACUAUGCUAAAAGCAAUUGGCCAAUUUAAAGGUCAUCUACGGGACAUAACUUCACCACCAGUUUAUUAUGAAUCAGGAAACCUCUCAACAGUGUUUCUAACCUGUCUGUUUUUGUAAUGUAAUGCAGAUUUGUGUCUCCUUUCUAAUGUGAAAAUAUAGACCUUUGACUAGUUUAAUCUUGAGUAUUCAAAAGAAAUAGUUGAAGGAAAUUGUCUGUGGUAUACAAAGAACAGUAUAGCACAGGAACAGGCUGUUCGGCCCACAGUGUUGUGCUGAACCAGCUAAAAAGCAAAUCAAAAACUAAUCCCUCCUACCUACCCAUGUCCAUAUCCCUUCAUCCUCCUUACAUCCAUGUGCCUAUCCAAACGUCUCUUAAAAGCCUUUAAUAUAUUUACCUAAACCACCAUAACAGCCAGCACAUUCCGCCACUCUCUGAGUAAAAAUCUUACUCCUCACAUCCCCCUUGAACCUACUGUCCUUUCACAUUCAAUACAUGCCCUCUGGCAUUAGACAUUUCAACCCUUGGAAACAGAUACUCUCUGUCUACUCUAUCUAGGUCUCUCAAAAUCUUGUAAACCUCUAUCCGAUCUCCCCUCAGCCUCUGGUGCUCCACAUAAAACAACCCAAGUUUAUCUAGCCGCUUGUGAUAGCAUAUGCCCUCUAAACCAGGCAGUAUCCUGACGAACCUCUUCUGCACCCUCUCCAAAGCCUCAACAUCCUUCCAGUAGUGGGGUGACCAGAACUGUGUGCAAUUCUCCAGAUUGGCCUAACUAGAGUUUUAUAAAAUUGCAACAUAACCUCUUGACUUUUGAACUCAUUGCCUGGACUAAUAAAAGCAAGCAUUCCAUAAGUCCUCUUAACCACUUUAUCGACCUGUGUAGCAACUUUCAAGGAGCUAUGAACUUGGAUCCUAAGAUCUCUCUGCUCAGCAACACUAUUAAGGAUCUUGCUCUUAACAGUGUACUGUCUCUUUGCAUUUGCCCUACCAAUACCAAGGUGCAACGCCUCACAUUGGUCUGGUUUAAACUCCAUCUGCCAUUUCUCUCCCCAUAUCUGCAACUGAUCUAUAUCAUGCUGGAUUUUUUUUGUUAGUCUUCUACACUAUCCACAGCUCCACCAAUCUUGGUAUCAUCUGCACACUUACUUGCCCACCCAUCUACAUUUUCAUUACAAACAGCAGAGAUCCCAGCACAGAUCUCUGCGGAACGCCAAUGAUUACAGACCUCCUGCUCAAAUAAGUCCCUUCGACUACCACCCUCUGUCUUCUAUGAGCAAGCCAGUUCUGAAUCCAAACAGCCAAUUCAUCAGGGACCCCAUGCACCUUAAUCUUCUGGAUUAGCCUCCCAUGAGGGACUUUGUCAAAUGCCCUACUAAAAUCCAUGUAGACAAUGUCCACUGCCCUACCCUCAUCAAUCUCUCUCAUCACCUUGCCAAAAAACACAAGCAAGUUGGUAAGACAUGACCUGCCCCACACAGAGCCAUGCUGAUUAGGCCAUGGGUUUCCAAAUGCUUAUAUAUGUUAUCUCUAAGAAUUUUCUCCAGCAAUUUUUGUACAACUGACAUGAGUCUCACUGGUCUAUAGUUCCCAGGGAUUUCUCUUGUUCGCUUCUUAAAUAGAGGUGCAACAUUAGCCACUUGCCAGUCUUCCAGGACCUCCCCUGUGUCUAGAGAGGACACAAAGGUACUGGUCAAGGCCCAGCAAUCUUGUCUCUUGCCUCCUUCAAUAACCUGGGGUAAACCCCUUCAGACCCUGGGGGACAUCGCCACCUUAACUCAUUAGGAGGCCGAACACUUCCUCCUCCUUGACCUCUAAACACCCUGACAUAUUUAUACACUCAGCACUGUACUCUGUUGAAGCAAAGUACUGAUUUCAUAUCUCACUCACAUUCUCCGCAUCCAAGCAAAUGUGCUCCCCUUUAUCUUUGAGUGAUCCCACCCUCUCCCUAGUUAUCCUGUUGUUCCUGAUGUAUGUAUAGAAUGCCUUGGGAUUCACCUUAAUCCUACUUACCAAGGACUUUUCAUGGCCCCUCCUGGCUUUCUAUUUCCUUUCUUUACUUGUUUUCUGGCUUCUUUAUACUCCUCAUGGGCUGCGUUUGAUCCUACCUUCCCAAGCCUUACAUACUUAUCCUUUUUCCUUCCUGACUAAAUUCAUCACCUGUCUAGACAUCUAAGGUUCUUUUAUCUUUCCAUCCCUGUCCUUCCUUCUAACAGGAACAUACCUUUCCUGUACUCUCUGCAAUUGAUCUUCAGAUUACCCUCCCCAUGUCUGGUGUGGACUUGCCAGAGAAAAAAUGUUCCCAAUUAACUCUUCUUAGUUCCUGCCUCAUGCCCUCGUAAUUUGCCCUACUCCAAUUUAAAACUCUUCCCCCCAAGGACCAUAUCAAUGAUAAGGUGUUGUGGUCACUGUUCCCUAACUGCUCACCCACUGAAAGGUCAGUCACCUGGCCAAGCACAUUACCCAAUACCAGGUCCAGUACAGACUCUCCUCUCAUUAGACCAUCCAUAUAUUGAUUUAACAAACCUUUCUGGUUACUCCAAUUAUAGAUUAUUUUAUACCAAUAUCUUGAAAUUAUUGAGGAAUACAUCAAAGAUUAAAAUAGUGACCUCUGUAGUGAACAAUCAAAAAUUGUUUGCAUUAAGCACAGAUCUUCUGUUAGGUGUGUGGAACAUAACCAGCAACUGUUCUAAUGAAAAGAGCUGUGGAAUCAGUAUUGGUUAAUACCCCAGUCAAAAAUGAGACAUGCUGAGGACCAAUCAUCUUCUUCCCCUUGGGCUCUAGAGCAUUUGGAAAUGUCAUUGUUUUGUCCUGUUAGGAAAUGGUGUAAGUAUUACUAAAGGGGAUGAGAUUAUUAGUAUUUCUUUCAUCCAUACAUAACAUAUGGAUGACCUGACAGAUAGUAUUUGUUGUCUAUAACAAGUUGCACUGAGAGAUCAGUGAUCUUCCUUUGUCCCUGCGACCCUUGUGGAGAUGGUUCUCCCACAAUGCACCUCAGGUGGGGAACGCAAGGAUUUUGUCACAUGAAAGAAUGGAUCACUGCUUUUCCAAUUCAAGUUGGUGUGUGUAAGCUGAAGAUGAAUGGAGGGUUGUGUUUCCAAUGGUUGAGGUAGCAGGGUGGUAAGUUAUGUUGAGGUUGAGGUAAUCCUCAUGUUUUGCCACAGUGUAUGCAGUGACCCAAAAUAUACUGUUCUUGGAGGAGGUGAAUAUUAAGGUCAGUGGCUGAGAUGCUGAACAGUUGGUCUGCUGUGCCCUGAAUGAUAUUAAGCUUUCUGAGUGUUGUCAUGUUUGAACCUAGGUCAGUGUGUAAUAUGUACUCUAUUAUACUCUCCAAGACGCCAGUUAGUAUGGAGAUUUGGUGAUGUUGGAGUGUUAAUCAAGUGAUAUUAUGAGAUAUUCUUUCAUUCAGACUAGCCACUACUUGGAAAUCAUUAGGCACAAAUGUUUCCUAGAUCCAACUUUGGCUAGUGUGGUCAGCUUUGCUAAGGGAGAAAUAAUGAAUGGAUCUGUAUACCUGUUCAAUUGUUUAAUGACCCCAUGCCUGACUCAAGGAAUUACAAUGCGAAAUGCAUCCCUUUAUCGUACCUAAAUUUCUCUGCAUUCAUUUCAUCUGCCAUGUUCCUGGAUAUUUCUGCAGUUUGACUGUAUCCUCCUGAAGUUUGUAGUCAGGACUAUUUUGUGUAAUGUAGAAGUGGAAAAUUAUGCUACUGAGUUGAGCACUUUGAAUAUCUAUAACAUCAAAAAGUCUGAACUCAAAGAACGAUUUAGUGUAUGAAACUAUUGUAAGGAAAGUAUUCAUUUUUGUGUUAAAAAUCUCAAAAGAACACUUUAAAUUCCUAUUUUUGUAAUUUUUAUCUUGCUGAAGUAAUUAACAAUAUCUAAAUGUGCAUUUUGAAAUAUUUGUGUCACAUUACACGUAUUAAGAGUACAUAACUCCAUUUAUUGACUUCUUUCUAAACUAAUAACUUUUUUACCUUUACUAGCAUAAAUUGCUUUGGACACUGAAAAAUAUAAAUUAAUUCAUUUAUUGAACAUUGCAAUUUAGAUGCCUCACCUUCAAACAAAUUUAAUCAAAGUAUACAGGCUAUUUGUUUCCCAAGCUUCUGCAAUUUUCCCUAUGAACUUGUGGAACAUUUUGGAGACAAGCUCCGUAUGCACCUGUUCCAUUUUGAUUCUCUGCUCUGUUUAAUUAACUUUACACACAAGUGACCAUUUCUGAACUAGUAGAUUAACAUUCAUCUUCCUUGGUUUCAAACAACUUGUAUAGCGAAGCUUAUUUCUGUUUCUGGACUGUCUGCUCGUAGAAUUUGAUUUCCAUAACCUCUUCCUCACUACUUGGAAUAAACCAUGUACUUGUGAAAGCAGUAAUUCACAUUGGUGGGUUAAGGAUAAUUGUGGAGAAUGAAGUGAAAGUCUCGCAAAACAAGGAAAUUUCUCUCUCUAAACAAAUGCAUUUUCUGAUAUCUUCCUAGUACCUGCUCAUUCACCUCUAUCUCAAAAAAUGUUCCUUUCCUAUUCAAUUAAACAAAAUGAAUGAUGUGCAUUAGCAGUGAGGUUUAUUACUGGAAUGCUCAGUCUUUUGUUGAAUGAAGGGACUUACUAAUGACCAAGUAAUGCAUGAUACUAUUUACUUUUGACUCUCUGAGUCCUAAAUCAAGCUUUUUAUGAUGAGUAAGGAAUGUAAUGUUUGUACAUAUUGAUUUUUUAGAACUGUCAUAUUUUUAAUUAGCUUUGGUUUUUCCAAGCAUUUGCUGCAUUUUGAGUAGAGCAUUUUUGUUACAAAGUCUCAUUAUUAAAAGGUAUAUUCCGAUACUGUACAAUUAGAAGAUAAGAACAUGAGUACACAAUGAAUAAGACCAGGAACUAGUCAUUGGAUUCCAUAAACCUGCUCCAGUAUUCAUGAAGGUUAUACCUUAUCAGGACUUUGACCUGAACAUAUUAAUACUGUGAAGCAAAUGGAUAUUUUUUGUGCAAGAAGAGGUAAAAUAAUACUUCAACAUUCUAUAUUUGAGAGUACCUCUGCAUUCCUGUAAGCAUAUAAGUGAAUUAACAUUAUAAUUAUCUCCCAUAACAUUGAUAUCAUUCAGAAUUAAUAACUUGAAAGAAGAAAUUUCUCCAACAGAAAUAAAUGAAAGAUUACUGAAAUUAUGUAAUGUAAGAUAAGUGGCUGUGCACUUUAUGAUGGUAACUUAACAUUUCUGAUAGCAAGAAUCUGUAAAAAUAAAAAUUGAGA